AUGGGGAGGACUGGGAGGGAAUUUGGAGGGAGCUGGGAGAACUGGGAAGGAAUUUGGAGGGAGUGGAAAGGAACUGGGAGGACUGGGAAGGAAUUUGAGGGGGACUGGGAAGGAAUUUGGGGGCACUGGGACGGGUUUUAUGGGAGAGCUUCACAUCAUUUUCCCCCCCCAAAGCGUAAGGGGAAGCGUGUGGGGAACCCCUGCCCCAUCUGCCGUGACCAAAACCUGCACGUGGACUUCAGGAACGUGAAGCUCCUGGAGCAGUUUGUGUGCCCCCAUUCCGGCUCCAUCUUCCAUCCCACGCACACAGGUGUCUGCAUGAAACAACACAAACUGCUGCUGAAGGCCAUCGCUCAGGCACAGGACCAUGGGCUGCUAUGGCUGCGGGUGCCCUUCGUUCCUACGCCAUCAGACGAUUACCUCACGCAGCAUUCUGCCGUCGGAAAGACUCCUCCAGGCCCACAGCUGAGGGAAGGCCGUGUGUGGUAUCCGUGGUACGAAUGGCAGCAGCCGCCCGCAGCCGCCAUCGCUCGCCUCAGGCGUAUCUAUAAGGAUUACCUCAAGGAGGAGGAGGCGGGGGGGGGAGCGGCUGUGGCCCUGGGUGAGGGGCAAAAAGCAGAGUCUGAAAUGGGGGUGGAAGGGCAGAAGGGAGGAGUAGAGGGGCAAAAAGGGGGAACGGAGGGGUGAGAAGGAGAAUAAAGAGGUUUUUGUGGCUUGCAAGUGUGUUUUUUCUAGGCCCUCAAGAUGGCGGCGGUGCCCACAAAAUGGCGGCCACGCCCACAAAAUGGCGGGAAUGAAACAAAAUGGCGGCGGUGCCUUCAAAAUGGCGGCCACGCCCACAGAAUGGCGGGAAUG